AUGAAGUCUGGAAUAUUCAUCACCUUCACCGCCGCCGGCGCUGCAGUGAGCUCUGUCACUGCCUUCUCCUUCCCUCGUGCUACUGAGGGUCAGGGAUUCAUCGCCAUGCCGGUCAGACAGAUCAGACCUGAUUUGGGCCACCUCAGCGAGAGAGACGCCAUCGAGGUCACGCUCAAGAAUCAGCAGUUUUACUACUCGACUGACAUCUCGAUUGGAUCCCCUACUCAGGAGGUGACUGUCCUGCUCGAUACCGGCUCGGCUGAGCUCUGGGUCAACCCGGACUGUUCCACUGCUCCUUCCGCAGCCCAAGCUAAGGAAUGUACCGCUGCUGGCCAGUACAACCCGGCCAAGAGCCGUACUCCGGCCAUUGGUCCCAUUGGAGCUCGCAGACUCAACUAUGGAGACCCCUCGGACCCUACCACUCAGACCAGCGCCGAGAUCGCCUACUACACGGAUACUAUCACUAUGGGUGCUGGUACUAUAGUUAAUCAGACCUUUGGCGUCGUCACCAAGAGCGAUGGAAUCUCGACCGGCAUCAUGGGCCUGGCUCCCGAUCUCAAGGCUGGUUUCGAGAAGGGCAUGCCCUACAGCUUGAUCCUCAACACCUUGGCUGAUCAGAAUGUCAUUGGCAGCCGCGUCUUCUCGUUGGAUCUACGUCACUCCAGUUCUGACACUGGCGCGCUCAUCUACGGCGGUCUCGACAAGGGCAAGUUCAUCGGAGCGCUUCAGCGUGUCCCCAUGAUUGCAGGCGUCAGAGGCGAGCCUCGUCUCGCAGCCACGCUCACCGCUGUCGGCAUGACCCUGCCCAACCAGCCGGUCAAGUCGUACGACUUCGGCGCGGGUGAUACGAACGUUAUGCUCGAUUCGGGUACGACCCUCACCCGGCUUCACCCUUCCCUGGCACGUCCCAUCUUCGCAGACCUCAAGGCAGUGACCGACAGUGAUGGCUACUGGUACACGGACUGCUCCCUUCGCACCCCGCCCCUCGCCAACGGUGGCAGCGACGCCUACAUGACCUUCACCUUCGGCCAGAAGACCAUUCGCGUGCCCCUUAGCGAUUUCAUCCUCGACAUGGGACCCAAGGACGGCCAGUGCUACGUCGGCCUCGUCAUCACCACCGACCAGCAGAUCCUCGGCGACAGCAUGAUGCAGGCAGGCUACUUUGUCUUCGAUUGGGACAACCAGGCGAUUCACAUGGCUCAGGCCGCUAACUGCGGCAACGAAGACAUCAUCGCCGUCGGCGCUGGCGACAACGCUGUCCCUAGCGGCAUCGUGGGACUCUGCAACGGCCCCGCGACCCCGGACGGCAGCAUCGCUCCCGCGCCAGGUGCAGUGAGUUCCUCUGCGGCUCCUUCUUCUACUACUUCAUCUCCUUCACCUGACCACACACCCGGAACGACCUACUUCUCCCCCACCACCGCGACCCCGACUUACGUGACACUCUCUGAUUACGGAUCGUUGACGCCUUCCCUUCAGUCGUCCUCCGCGACCGGAAACGCCACACCCGCCUCGUCUGCCCCCACUGCGGCCGGCGGCGGCGGCAGCAGCAUCUCCUCGACGAUCACGGGUGCGAUUGCCCCGACCGCGACCACACCUUCCUCCUCGACUUCCUCCGAUUCUCACUCUGCCGCCUCGUCCCUGUUGUGUACUAUCAACCAAAGAUUCUUGGGUUUGGUUAUGAGUGUCUUGCUCACGUUGGCGGCGGCGGCUUUCUAA